AUGACCACCUCCUCAUCCACCGACACCGAGCGACCGCACAAGACCGUCAAACUCGCGCACACACCCACAAUGACAGUCUCUGCAUCUUCGUCUGCGCUGCGUCUGCUGGUGCAGCGUCAUCCCGCGCAUCCGCUCGCCAAGCUGCCCACGCGCGGCUCGGCGAGUGCGGCGGGCUACGACCUGUAUGCGUCCGAGGCGGUCGUCAUCCCGCGCGGCGGCCGCAAGGUCGUUCAGACCGGCAUCUGCCUCGCCAUCCCAGAGGGCCACUACGGUCGUGUCGCCCCGCGCUCGGGUCUGGCAAGUAAGCAUGGCAUCGAUACAGGCGCGGGCGUCAUCGACGCCGACUACAGAGGCCUCCUCGGCGUGCUGCUCUUCAACCUCGGCGACGCAGACUUUACAGUCAACGAGGGCGACCGCAUCGCACAGCUCAUCAUCGAAAAAAUCGCCACCCCCGAGGUGGAGGAAGUCGAGAGCCUCGACGACACCAUUCGCGGCGCGGGCGGCUUCGGUUCCACCGGCGGCUUUGGCUCCAAGACCUCGUCCUAA